AUGGCAUCGGGCGUCGUGCGCAACCACUUCGUCAGGGCGACCCUAGGAGCCCAUGCUAACAGUGCCGGCGGCGACGGGGCUGGUAGCGGCGCCGCCGGCUGGCGCGUGCGGUCAUGGUGCUCGACGGGGAUGCAACCCGUCCGAGCUAUCCAACCCCUGGAUGACGAGUGCGCCACCCUUGUCUACGCCAAGGGUGGUCUGUUCUGCUUCGCGACGGCCCCGACAGACGCAAGCGACACAUCCCCAACAACACCAGCAGCACCAGGGAACGGGUCGCCGAGGGUCAGAGCCCUAGCGGCGGCGGCGGCGGCUGUGGCAGCGGCCGGUGGGGGCGGGAGCAGCGGGGCCGGGCGGGAGGGAGGAGCGGGAUCCAACGGAGGCGGCGGUGGCGGCGGUGGCGGUGGCGGUGGCGGGGGGGGCGCCGUGUUUGAUUCGUUGCCCGUGCACUCGGGCAACGUCGUGGACUUUCGGGUGAACCCCGUUUCGAGGGACAUCGUCUCGGGGUGCGACCACGGGCACGUGCACGUGCUCAACUUUCCCUGGGACAUGGCGGGCGUUCCCACGAUGAAGGUGAGCAAGUACGUGGCGCAGCCGUUGUCGAGCGUCCGGUGGGGCAUGGGCGAGCCCUACGUCGCUUCGUGGACUUCCUCCAGAGGUCUUCUGCAGCGACUCCCCUAUAUCGACCGCAGCUGA